AUCCUGUGACGUCACGCGUGGGCGGACUCAAGCGCAACAAACAGAAGGCGGGCAGGCUGAUUCACUGUGCUGUCCAUUGUGCGCCUCAGCCAUGUCUUACCGAAAAGUGGUGGAGCUGAGCGAGAGUGCGAAAGGGGAGCAGACACGCAGUUCUUCAAGCAUGGAAGGAAGCACUGAAAUUGGCAGUGGACCCACAACCAAAAAGACUAAAUAUCCAGGAAAAGUAAUCCAGUCACGGUACAUGCAAGCUUUAGAAAAGAAGCCAGUGGUCAAGAAUUUAGCUAUGAAUCAGACCAUCAGCAUUAAAUCCCAAGAGAGAAAAAGAACUUUGGAAGCUUCAGUGAGGAGAUCGGUGGCACCUGGAAAGCUCCACAGUUCUUUCAUUUCACCUCUACAAUCCAGUAUUGCAGAGUCUUGUCUACUAGAACAUUUUGUACGUCCUGAACUUGAUAUAUCUUCUGUUAGAGAGUGCACUGCUCAGUUCCCUGACCUGCCAGACUCCAAAGAAGCAAUUGACCGGCAGACACUUCUAUUAGCCUACCUGACCGCCAAGAUGGAAAGCAACACAAACAAGUUGCGGGAUGAAGCGGAGACCAAUUUGUUAAUCGUGAUGGAUGAAGAGGAGAAACUGAGGAAGAAAGUGCAAGAACAUAAGCGGCAACUUCUUCUAAGGGAUAAAGGGAAAGAGCUGAACAGUCUGCUAGACCUACAGAUAGAAGCUCUAAAACCUAUAGCAGAGAUUGCUGGGAGGUUUACAGAUGAAUACAGAACAUUUGCUACAGCCCUGGACACCACGCGGCAUGAGCUGCCAGUGAAGAACAUACAUAUGCAAAGAGAUGCACAUACAUUUCUUGAUGAAAUUGAAAGCUGUCUGACAGAAACUGUGAAACUCCUGGAACUGAAUCCUGAGCAAUCAGAAAAAAAUGCUGAAGCCAACCAACUACUAAAAAGAAUUCAAGAUUCUGCUCUGAUGGUGGACCUGGAAGUCAGAAGAGGUCUUGAGGAUCUUUUGGAAUUGUCCUCGCUCGUCAUGCGUGAAGGAGUGAUGAUUCAUCAAAAUCGAGAAGAAGAGCGUCUGGGAAUGGCUGAUACCACCAGUUUAUAUUUCCCGAAGAUGUGACAAUUUUUUUUUUUCUUCUGCUCUCUUACUAUUUGUAAUAUAGUUGCACAUUUUUCCAUAUUACUUAAAAAAUAGCUGACUAAAUAUAUUUUAUAUGAAGGCUGUGUUUUGAUAUUUUAGGGCUAUAAAUGCA